CCCUCCCAAUCAUGUGAUUCCGGUGUUCCAAUCCCCUCCCAAUCAUGUGAUUCAGGUGUUCCAAUCCCCUCCCAAUCAUGUGAUUCAGGUGUUCCAAUCCCCUCCCAAUCAUGUGAUUCAGGUGUUCCAAUCCCCUCCAAUCAUGUGAUUCAGGUGUUCCAAUCCCCUCCAUAUCAUGUGAUUCAGGUGUUCCAAUCCCCUCCAUAUCAUGUGAUUCAGGUGUUCCAAUCCCCUCCCAAUCAUGUGAUUCAGGUGUUCCAAUCCCCUCCAUAUCAUGUGAUUCAGAUGUUCCAAUACCCCUCCCAAUCAUGUGAUUCAGGUGUUCCAAUCCCCUCCUUAUCAUGUGAUUCAGGUGUUCCAAUC